UAGCUCAUUACCUAGUAAUUGCAUAUGUUGUACAUUAUUGCAGCCUAUUUUCCAAAGCAUUCUGGAAGUUUUAAGGGGGAUUUCCUUCCCUCCUGGCACUCGUAUUGAUUUCCAUUUAUUCGCAGUAGCAAGGAAAUCAACCUGCAGAGAUCUGAAACAAGCCUCAUCACAGUGAACAUUUAUUAUCUUUAUUUUGUUGUCAAAGUUAUGUUGUAUGUAUGUGCUCAAGGACACCCUGACAUCUGAGAAUGAGCGGCUAAAAAAACAUUUUUUAAAUGCAAGAAAAGAACAAAUUCUCAGCGUUUUCACAUCAUCCACAUAAAAAACCUGUCUCCUGUAAAAUAACGUUCCCAUUCGACUAAACUGCAUUCUCAAUUACGUUUCGUUACCACAUUACUGUUACUACGGUCACAGCUUUAAACAGUUUCAAACACUUGGUUAAAGUUGUAAAUUGAAAAAAAAAACAAUAAAAACCAUGAUUCUGCUUAAAAAGAGGUUAUUCAGGCUGCAGACGUAGCGUCCUCGUGUCUAUUGGUCCUCAGGGGUUGAUUUACCAGUGCAGUUAAGCAGCCAGCCAUCAAUUCUCACGCGUCAAAAUGAAUUGAAUGCUCAUUCAUUACCAAUAACUGAUAAGUGACCAACAACCUAAAGGUAAGAUGGAUCGCCUUCUGCAUCUCCAGCACGUUUUUAAGCCUCUGCAUGUGAUUUUCAUACAUUAGAGAAAGCGCUGAAACAGGCGUUUUCUCUUGAAGGGAUGUCUUGAUGAAAACAUUCAUCUAAAGCACAGGGACAGAGGUUCAAACCUGCUCAGGCUGCUGAAGUUCAAGCGAACUCUGGUGUGUUUGGUUUGGUUUAAGUGUGCAAAACGGAUGCAAAAACACCAGCAAAAUUAAAAAGGGGUUGAUUUAAGUUAUUAUUCAGUUGUUCAUAUCUUCUGAUUCUUUGUUUUGUACCUGUAAAGUCUGCAAACACAGGGAGAAAUAUGCGGACAUGAUCUGAUCAGCUGUAGUCUGAGAAGUGUAUAUUUAUUGAGGUUGAAUUUCAAUGAUCAGAAGAUGUUGAAGCACAAACCAGCGUAAAGCCUCCAGCACAGAUCGGUGCAGUAACAAGCUGCAGAGAGACAAAGUGCAGCAUUCAGUCACAAACCAGCAGAGAACAGAGACGAUGAAAAGCUUCAGUCCAACGUUCAUCUUGUUAAAGUCCAAGAGCAGCAAGUUAAAAAGCCUCUGAAUCUUCUUCUGCUAAAAUUACCUCUAAAAGCUCUCGGUGCUUUUAAAGAGCCAACACACACACACACACACACACACACUCACACACACACACUCACACACACACUCACUCGGCGUCUCUGUGCUUUGAUAAUCACAGGUUACAAUACCAGACUCUGAAUGUGAGAUUUAUGACUAAAUCUCACAUUCAGUUGUCGUCCUGUUUGAUGACUGAUGCAAAGAAAAUGUCAGUCAACAAAAGCACCAAACAUUCUCUCUACUGAGGGUUUAACGCAGCUUCACUCUUGUGAAUGACACCAACGGCCGGGAUCUCUGAUUCACUGAUAAUCACUGUAGUGAUGUAAGUAUAGCUACGAAUGCUGGAUGAGACCAGUCGGUAUAACUUUGUGACGUAGUGUACGAUAUGAGAGCGACUGUGUACACUGGAUGUGUCCAACAAACCAGGACACCAGUGUCCCAAAGUGUUUUAUUAAGUUGCGUUAGUGACGUUUGUGUCCGUAUGUAUUAUACUUGGUUGAAGUCAUUAUUUGAAGCCUAACCGGGAUGUUUUACUUAAACCUAAUUCGGUGGUUUUGUUGCCUAAACAUAACCGCGACUGUUUUACUAGAACAAUGUGGCGUUAAAUGAAAAGCGUAUUAUUGACAUUUGUGCUAUUUAUACACCUUCCUGUGAGAUCUGGUUUGACAAAAAAGAUGAGAAAAUAUUGUUUUAUUGUGCAGAUAAGUGGUACCCAGCAGCUGCAAAGAAUGCAUGGAUGCAUCUGUGCCCUUUGAUCAAAACACGAGUGCACCAUUUCAUUUCCAACGUUUUGUCUGUUUAAUGUUAUUGCUUUCUAUGCUUUAUAUUCCUUUUGGGUAUUGUAUUUCCAUUUUAAUUUGAUUGCAGUCUUGAAAUGUUUUGUUCAACCAUGUGAAGCACUUUGUUUUGAAAAGUGCUAUAAAUAAAGUGUAUUACUGUCAGAGGAUGAGGUGCAGUAGCCUGGAUGUGCAGAUUUGCAACUGCUGGUUGGACAAACAAGCAAACAAUUCUCUUUUAAAAAUCUUUUCCCAGACUAAAAAUUGUCAUUAAUUGUCGUACUAAUUGUCUGACUUUCUUUGUGUUUGAUUGACAGAUGUCGGAUGCAGAGUGGGAGGACAUGUUGGAGGGUUUUGACGAGCGGGGUUACCUGAGCGCUCGGCGCUGGAAGCCCGGCGACGACCCGUACACCCUGUACGCCUUCAACCAGAGGGAGAGCGAACGCAUCCCCAGCAACCGGGCCCUGAGAGACACGCGACACUACAGGUGCACCACUCUUCAUUACGACUCAGAUCUUCCCCCAACCUCCAUCAUCGUCACCUUCCACAACGAGGCUAGAUCCACUCUGCUGCGCACCAUCAGGAGUGUUUUGAACAGGACCCCAGUUCAUCUCAUCCAUGAGAUCAUUCUGGUGGACGACUUCAGUGACGACGAAAGUGACUGCCAGCUUCUCACCAAACUGCCCAAAGUCAAAUGUCUUCGCAACAACAAGAGAGAAGGUCUGAUCCGGUCCAGAGUGCGCGGGGCCGAUGCUGCGAGGGCCGGGGUCCUCACCUUCCUGGACAGCCACUGUGAGGUCAACAAGGACUGGCUGCCCCCCCUGCUGCAGAGGAUCAAACAGGACCCAACCUGCGUGGUCAGCCCGGUCAUCGACAUCAUCAACAUGGACACUUUUGCCUAUGUGGCGGCCUCCGCUGAUCUCCGUGGAGGUUUUGAUUGGAGUCUCCAUUUUAAGUGGGAGCAGCUGUUACCUGAACAGAGAGCUCGUCGGACCGACCCGACCCAGCCAAUCAGGACUCCCAUCAUCGCGGGCGGCCUCUUCGUGAUUGACAGGUCCUGGUUCAAUCACCUCGGCAAAUACGACACGGCCAUGGACAUCUGGGGCGGGGAGAACUUCGAGAUCUCGUUCCGGGUGUGGCAGUGUGGCGGCAGUCUGGAGAUCCUGCCCUGCAGCAGAGUGGGUCACGUCUUCAGGAAGAAACACCCGUACGUCUUCCCCGACGGUAACGCCAACACCUACAUCAAGAACACACGUCGCACAGCUGAGGUGUGGAUGGACGACUUCAGUCUCUUUUACUACUCUGCUCGGCCUGCAGCACGAGGGAAAUCCUACGGAGACAUCCGAGGCAGAGUGGAGCUCCGCAAGAAGCUCAAGUGCAAAUCCUUUAAGUGGUACUUGGACAACGUCUACCCGGAGCUCAAAGUCCCAGACGACUCUGACUCUCAGUCCGGGGUGAUCAAACAGCGGCAGAACUGUCUGGAGCUUCGCCGGCUGGAGGGCCAGGAGCUGCCCGUCCUCACGCUGGCCCCGUGCAUCGGAACAGAGGGGGUCCCCUCCAGCAACCAGGUGAGUCGACCAGGACCUCAGAAAGACAAUGUUUGUGACGCAGAAAAUUAUGUAGCUCUCCUCCGCCAUGAAGAGGCAGGAUGAACAGAUGAAUCUGGGAUGAAGUGAACAGUGAACACAUCUAUAGACGGUUAAUAAAAAGGUCGUCAAAUCGUCUGAUGUGAAAUUAUAACCUGGGGGGUUUCAACCAAAGAAUGUUUCGUCGAAAAGUUGUUCAACGUUCUGUGUCAUAAAGCCACUACAUAAUCUGUAGGUGAUCGUUGCAUCUUUCAGAAUGUUCUGAUAUUUCCUUCAGUGCUGGUGUCCAAUGGUGUCUGCAGCAGUGUGUUUUUGUAAUGCUACCACUGGAGGGCGCUAAAUUCAGAUGCACAUAGUGGCUUUAAAACAAAACAUAUUAUAGGUAUUCAAAACAUUAUUUUUAAUUAAAUCUGUAGAUUCACCCUCAAAAUGUUCCGAGCUUCUUCUCUUAAAUAGUGAGUAUGUAUGUAUGUAGGACAUGUGUCAUGAGUUGCUGGUGGAAAGAAGAAGAAAAUAUUUAUUAUUUAUUUAUUAAGACGGAUGAGGACAUAUUGCUCACUUCUCUCACUCUCGCUCUCAUAGGUCAUGAUAGAUGUAAAGAGAGAGAUGUCAAACUAAAGCAUAAUAGAGUUACAACAGAAGGUGACACUUUAGAUUUACCUCUUACAUGGCAAUAUGGAUGCAAAAAGACGGAACAUGAAAUCGCAAUUGUGACUCGUCCUCAGUAAAGAAAGAUUAAUCCAGGAUCUUUUAUACGACUAUUGAUUUUUGUAAUGAAUGCUUUUGAAGAUGCUCAAACAGCAACAACAACAAAGUUAUUGCUGAAGUAUGAUUAAAAACUCACCCUGAGACCCUGAGAAGGUUUCUCUCAUUAAUUUAGAGUAGAUUUAAGUCCACAGGAUAAAGGUAAUUGAUACCCCACAGAGGCCGUGAUAUUUACAUACAGUAGUACAGACAAAUAUGAAUACCCUUUAAAAGGAAAUAAGUAGCUGGUGUUCUAUAUAUUUUUGAAUAUAAUUGAUGCUGAAGUUCUUAAUAAAUAUACUUACUGCAUGCAGCAAGGUUACUAAUAAUUUACAGGUAAACUGCAAGUCCCCCCAUGGCAAUAAAAACAGACAUAAAAAAAUUCUAUUUGCACUUAUAUUUUAUACAUUUUCCCAUUCCCUUUUGUUUUUAAAAUGCCCAGAAGUGGUCCACAUUUGGUUAGUGUGAAACGAUAGUCCACUGUUGGUAAUAUAGGAGUGUUUGUGUGCGCGCGCGUGUGCGCGUGUUCUGCCUUCUCUCCACCAUAAUUAAUACCCGUAGGAUUCUCAUUAUUCUGUGUUGAGAGCGAGUGUGGAGGCUGUGAUCCGCCCUAACAAGCCGCCUCGCAGAGAGCAAACAUGUCAGCAGCUGAAAUGCCCUGAAGGCUGGGGAGGCUGGCCUGUGACUGGAAGGUUGCUGGUUCAAGUCCCUUAACUAACAAGGAAAAACACUGAGAUGUGUGUGUGUGUAGGUGUGCGUGUGUGUGUGUG